CUAUAUAAAUGAGUCGUGACCCAAUUUCAUUUGUAAUAAUCACAUAAAUAUUUUCACUUCAAGUUUUGCGAAUAUUUACUGCAGCUAAAUUUUCACAGCCAAAUUGAACAGGGGAGAGAGCCUUCAGAAUGGGACGUUGGUUGAAACCAGAGGUGUAUCCUCUGAUGGCAGCAAUGACCUUUGUCACAGGCAUGUGCGUUUUUCAGCUUACAAGGAACGUACUCAUCAACCCCGAUGUUAGAAUCAACAAAGCCCACCGAACCACGGCCGUUCUGGAAAACCAAGAGGAAGGAAAGAAAUACUCGCAGCAUGGCCUCCGCAAGUUCCUCCGCUCGCGGCCGCCGGAAGUCAUGCCUUCCAUCAACCACUUCUUCUCCAAUAACAAAUAGAUACAUCUAUACAUACAUACAUACAUAUAUAUAUAUAUAUAUAUAUAUAUGUAUAUAUGUAUGAUCACACUGAGUUGAUGAUCUGAAUUAUGGACGCACGAAAAUAUUUGUAUAUUUGGUCAAUAAUGAUACUUAAUUAGUUCUCUGGCUUUUGCUUGUUAUAGAGCUAGAGUGAUGAUAAUUUUUCAAAUAAAAAUAAAGCACUACUGUGCAUAAUUUUGUUGAA